AUGGCGGAGCUCAUCAACAAUGAAACUCUUUCACUUGUACUCGUCGCCGUUUUCCUCAUCCUCUUGUACAAGCGGUCUUCUUCCACUUCCAAUAGUACCAAAAACUCACCACCUUCUCCACCAAAACUCCCCAUCAUCGGAAACCUUCACCAACUAGGCGCUCGAGGAACUCCACCCCAUCGCGCACUUCAAGCCUUAUCUCGAGUACAUGGUCCUCUCAUGCUCCUCCAUUUCGGAAGCGUCCCCGUCCUCAUCGUCUCGUCGGCCGAGGCUGCCCGGGAGAUCAUGAAAACCCAUGACCUCGCAUUCGCCAGCAGACCUAAGUCCACCGCCUUCGAGAAGCUUCUCUACAACUACAAAGUCGUGGCAAUUGCGCUAUACGGUGAUUACUGGAGGCAGGUGAAGAGCAAAUGCGUGCUGAAUCUCUUGAGCGCCAAGAAGGUUCAGUCCUUUCGUGGCGUGAGAGAAGAGGAGACCAGAUCCAUGAUCAACAAGAUAAAGGAAACGUCACGACGGGGAGGAGUUGUGAACGUGAGGAAGAUGCUUAUGACGCUUACGAACGACGUCGUCUCGAGGGCGGCUCUAGGGAGGAAGUACUACGAUAAUGGGGAAUUUAAGGAGCUCUCCACCGAAUUUACGGAGUUGGCGGGAAGCCUUCAUGUUGGAGACUUAAUUCCAUGGCUUGGUUGGUUGAGCCGUCUUGGUGGUUUGGACGCUAAACUAGUCAGUUUGGCUAAACGGUACGAUGAAUUUUUGGAUACGGUGCUUCAAGAGCAUAUUGAUAAAACUUCAGACAUUAGCAACAGAAAUGAUCAAGGCCUUGAUGAUCAGAACGAGGAUAACAAGGAUUUUGUGGAUGUUUUACUUGAAAUUCAGCGGGAAAACUUGCUCAAUUUUCCUCUUGACAGAGUUAGCAUAAAGGGUGUCGUCUUGGAUAUGUUCCUUGCUGGGACUGAUACCACAUCUACACUUCUAGAGUGGGCAAUGGCAGAGAUUUUGAAGCACCCAAGGGUCAUGAGCAAAUUGCAGAAAGAAGUUAGGGGUGUAAUAAAAGGAGAAGAAGAAAUAUUAACAGAGGAUGAUUUGGUUGAUAUGCACUACUUGAAGGGAGUGAUUAAGGAGGCUCUUCGCUUACAUCCUCCAUUUACCCUACUAUUGCCAAAGAUGUCGACUCAAGAUGUGAAAAUAAACGGUUAUGACAUUAAGACCAACACACAAGUCUUAGUGAAUACCUGGCAGAUCGGGAGAGAUCCCGAAUCGUUCAAUGACAAACCAGAAGAGUUUGAGCCGGAGAGGUUCCUGGAGGAUAAUAGUGGUCUAAGUUAUAAAGGGACUGACUUCCAGUUUAUUCCGUUCGGAGCUGGCAGGAGGAUCUGUCCCGGGAUUCAGUUUGCUACGACUGUCAAUGAGAUUGCUCUAGCAAAUUUGCUGCACAAGUUUGAUUGGACAUUGGUCGGUGGAGUAAGAAAUGAGGAUUUAGACAUGACUGAAUCAUCUGGUUUAACAAUUGGUUAUUGUAAGAAGAGUAGCUAG